UCGAGCAUGAGAGUGGUAAUAAUAUUGUCAGUGGUCGCGGCCAUAGUGGCUGAAGCACCAUACCAGCUACCGCAACCAGGGCCUCAGGCUCCAGUUUUUAAUUAUCCAGUUCAGCAACAACAAAGGCCAAAUAUAAUACUAAAUUCACAGCAAUCUAGCGGUGGUUAUCAUUACCAACAACCACAACCAAGGCCAAACUAUGUGCCACAACCAAGACCUCAACCGCAACCAAGACCUCAACCUCAACCUGUGUAUCCUCAACCUCAACCCAACUAUCCCCAACCCAUAACUCUGUUACCCCAACCCCUUCCCCAGCCAUCCUAUGGAGUUCCCCAGCCACAACCUACUUACCCACAACCACAGCCCAGCUAUCCACAACCACAACCUAGCUAUCCUCAACCACAACCCAGCUAUCCUCAACCACAGCCUAUCUAUCUACAACCACAACCUAGCUAUCCCCAGCCACAGCCCCAACCAAUCUACCCUCAGCCACAACCACAACCAUCCUACAACUAUCCACAACCAGCACAACCUCUCCCCCAACCACAACCAAUCCAACCACUCCCACAGCCAAUCCAACCUCUCCCACAACCAAUCCAACCCCUUCCACAACCAAUUCAACCACUCCCACAGCCCAUCCAACCUCUCCCCCAACCAAUUUUCCCUCAACCUCAACAAUCAGGAUACUCCUACCAGCAACCUCCAGCUCCUUUGAUCCAACAAUCCAGCCAAGCACUAUCCAGCUACCAGGCAGACUCUAACCAAUACAGCAAUGCCCAACUUUCACUCGGUCAGUACAACUCGCCUCAGCAGCAGCAAACCCACAGAGAUGCCUUGGAUGACCAUGUCGUCAGUCGCGUACAGAGUAUAAUUAAAGACAACGAGCAUUCCUCAGCGAGGGACCGUGGAUACCUGUCUUUGGUGUCGGGUGUGAGCCUCGAGAACGCCCAGCCAAGUAUAGAAAUAUCUUCCUUCGUCCAGAACUCGCAGCAAGCUGUAAGCCAGAACUCGCAGCAAGCUGUAAGCCAGAACUCGCAGCAAGCCGUAAGCCAGGACUCUGGUUCACAAUCAGUGUCCACUGAUUACGGAUUGCCGAACCAAGCCGACAAUAGCAUUGCAUUCAUACCACAGAACAAACCAGCGAUUUCAUACGGAGUGCCAAAUUAGUUUAAAAUGAAAGACUUAAUAAAGUAUUAUU